AAUCGUAUCUAUUUUAAUGUAACUAUCUCUUAUAUUCGUGCUUUGUUGUAUGUUGUAAGACGUCUGUGAAGUUGUGAAAUCGUGUGAAGGUGAUGCAGGCUACAGUUCACUAACUUUAACAUGCUACUGGACAGUAGUUUAUUUUCGGUUCCAGUGUUUAACACAGUUUUAUUCAACAUGUAUCAGUCAUGGAUUAGCUAAUACAUGUAUUAUGUGAUCUAGUUUAAUGGUGUGAUAAUCGCGAUAUUUGCCUUGCAUUUCAAUCUACACAUGAAUAUGGUUCUGCAAUGUUAGGUCGGCUAUUCUGUUCCCUUGACGUUCUGCAAGCAUGAAUACUAUACACUAAUGGAAGAUAUGCAUUGUGUUAAGCAUGAAUACUUUACACUAAUGGUAGAUAUGCAUUGUGUUAAGCAUGAAUACUAUACACUAAUGGAAGAUAUGCAUUGUGUUAAGCAUGAAUACUUUACACUAAUGGAAGAUAUGCAUUGUGUUAAGCAUGAAUACUUUACACUAAUGGUAGAUAUGCAUUGUGUUAAGCAUGAAUACUUUACACUAAUGGAAGAUAUGCAUUGUGUUAAGCAUGAAUACUUUACACUAAUGGAAGAUAUGCAUUGUGUUAAGCAUGAAUACUUUACACUAAUGGUAGAUAUGCAUUGUGUUAAGCAUGAAUACUUUACACUAAUGGUAGAUGUGCAUUGUGUUAAGCAUGAAUACUUUACACUAAUGGUAGAUAUGCAUUGUGUUAAGCAUGAAUACUUUACACUAAUGGUAGAUAUGCAUUGUGUUAAGCAUGAAUACUUUACACUAAUGGUAGAUAUGCAUUGUGUUAAGCAUGAAUACUUUACACUAAUGGUAGAUAUGCAUUGUGUUAAGCAUGAAUACUUUACACUAAUGGUAGAUGUGCAUUGUGUUAAGCAUGAAUACUUUACACUAAUGGUAGAUAUGCAUUGUGUUAAGCAUGAAUACUUUACACUAAUGGUAGAUAUGCAUUGUGUUAAGCAUGAAUACUUUACACUAAUGGUAGAUAUGCAUUGUGUUAAGCAUGAAUACUUUACACUAAUGGUAGAUAUGCAUUGUGUUAAGCAUGAAUACUUUACACUAAUGGUAGAUAUGCAUUGUGUUAAGCAUGAAUACUUUACACUAAUGGUAGAUGUGCAUUGUGUUAAGCAUGAAUACUUUACACUAAUGGUAGAUAUGCAUUGUGUUAAGCAUGAAUACUUUACACUAAUGGUAGAUAUGCAUUGUGUUAAGCAUGAAUACUUUACACUAAUGGUAGAUAUGCAUUGUGUUAAGCAUGAAUACUUUACACUAAUGGUAGAUGUGCAUUGUGUUAAGCAUGAAUACUUUACACUAAUGGUAGAUAUGCAUUGUGUUAAGCAUGAAUACUUUACACUAAUGGUAGAUAUGCAUUGUGUUAAGCAUGAAUACUUUACACUAAUGGUAGAUAUGCAUUGUGUUAAGCAUGAAUACUUUACACUAAUGGUAGAUAUGCAUUGUGUUAAGCAUGAAUACUUUACACUAAUGGUAGAUAUGCAUUGUGUUAAGCAUGAAUACUUUACACUAAUGGUAGAUAUGCAUUGUGUUAAGCAUGAAUACUUUACACUAAUGGUAGAUAUGCAUUGUGUUAAGCAUGAAUACUUUACACUAAUGGUAGAUAUGCAUUGUGUUAAGCAUGAAUACUUUACACUAAUGGUAGAUGUGCAUUGUGUUAAGCAUGAAUACUUUAUGACACUCCCUUCCUGUAUCUGUCAUAAAGGCCUAUGCAUUCUUUGUCCUUUAGUUACACAACUAAAUCUAGUAGCUGUCACUUACCUUUCAUGCUGUAGGUCAGCUCUCAAGGUGCUGAGAAUGCUUAGUACUGUAACUGUCACUUACCUGUCAUGCUGUAGGUCUGCUCUCAUGGUGCUGAGAAUGCUUAGUACUGUAGCUGUCACUUACCUUUCAUGCUGUAGGUCUGCUCUCAUGGUGCUGAGAAUGCUUAGUACUGUAACUGUCACUUACCUGUCAUGCUGUAGAUCUGCUCUCGUGGUGCUGAGAAUGCUUAGUACUGUAGCUGUCACUUAUGUAUUCUCUGUAUGUAUUAGGUAUGAACCCUGGACAUACAGGUACCUCCUGCACUCCCCUCCUGCCUCACGCCUGGCCACUGUCCCUGAUGAUCUACCCCAGGCCCUCUUGUAUUCACCCCAGGCUUCUGAACUUGCCCUGGUGGGGCGAAAACCAGCAGAAGAGGGUGAAGUCCUUCCUGUCUCCAAGUUCUGCCUCUGAAUGUGCUGGGUGGUUAAGUUCAGUGAUGUUCCACAGUGCCAGAAGUUCUUCCUGGAGGGGAAAACUCCAAAUCUACCGGAUAUUUUGGUUGAUGGGAUAGUCAAGGACCAGAACCGCUACAAGCCGAUCUGCCAGUUGUUCAACAACAUCUACAGGUUUGCAACUCUCUACGACACGACAAACAGGAUCCCUGUGUUCUCAGCCUACACCUUCUCUGGUCGUCCUACAGACUGCAGACCAAAACAUCAACCCUGGAUGAUGGAGCCCCAGCUCAACGGGGAAAACAACAGCCCUGAAAUGCAGAACAGUGGUAGGAAGAUUGAAUACCAACACCAGGCUGGUAACGACGACUAUAUUAACUCAACACAAAAGAAAGGGGUGAACAGAGGUCACCUCUUCCCAUGUUCACAUGCUCAUGACCUUGAUACUCAGAAGUCCACCUUUACCCUGACCAACAUCGUUCCCCAGGUGGUGUCCUUCAACAAUGGCAGCUGGAGAGAAAUGGAGGAACAUGUCAGAGAAAAGCUUGAGACGGACUGUAUUAAUAACAACAGGAAGAUAAAGGCCUAUGUGGUGACUGGAGCAGUUCCCAGUGACAACAACAAACUGAACAACAGAGUGAACAUCCCAGGUCUCAUGUGGACAGCCUACUGCUGUUACAACAACAACCUGAGAAAGUGGGUGGCCCGAGCACACUGGGGUCAGAACCAAAAGGAGGGCAAGGGGAAGACAUUGCCCUCAGAAACCUUGGCAGAUCUGUAUAACAUGUUGAACCCGAACUACCCAGGUGGUGUCCAGGUUUUCCCAGAGCAGUGUCCAACUGGUGUCAAACCUACUACUACUUCUACUACUACUACGUCUACUCCUCCCCAUUCCUGGAGGAAAUAUCUUGACAUAAUUUCUUUCCCACUGAGGCAUCUUUACAAUGCAUUGAUAAAUCAUUCUAGAAGGUUCUUUGGAUGAUCUGGGUACAUAUGCUCUCACUAUAUCAACAAAUUGUCAACUAAACUCUGGUUAUGGUUAGAUAACGGUUAUAAUGGUAAUAAGGGUUAUAAGGGUAAUAAUGGUUAUAAUGGUUAUAAUGGUUGUAAUGGUUGUAAGGGUUGUAAGGGUUGUAAUGGUUGUAAGGGUUAUAAGGUUUGUAAUGGUUAUACGGGUUAUAAUGGUUAUAAUGGUAAUAAUGGUUGUAAGGGUUAUAAUGGUAAUAAUGGUUGUAAUGGUUAUAAUGGUUAUAAUGGUUGUAAUGGUUGUACGGGUUGUAAGGGUUGUAAUGGUUGUAAGGGUUAUAAUGGUAAUAAUGGUUAUAAUGGUAAUAAUGGUUGUAAUGUUUGUAAGGGUUAUAAUUGUUAUUCGGGUUAUAAUGGUAAUAAUGGUUGUAAGGGUUAUAAUGGUUGUAAGGGUUAUAAUGGUAAUAAUGGUUGUAAGGGUUAUAAUGGUAAUAAUGGUUAUAAUGGUUGUAAUGUUUAUAAGGGUUAUAAUGGUUAUACGGGUUAUAAUGGUUAUAAUGGUAAUAAUGGUUGUAAGGGUUAUAAUGGUAAUAAUGGCUGUAAGGGUUAUAAUGGUUGUAAGGGUUAUAAUGGUUAUAAUGGGAAUAAUGGUUGUAAGGGUUAUAAUGGUUGUAAGGGUUAUAAUGGUUGUAAGGGUUAUAAUGGUUGUAAGGGUUAUAACCUAGUUGGAAGAAUUUCUUCCGUAGCGAGGAAUCUUUACAAUUCCAUGAGAAAUAGUUCUGGAAGGUUCUUUGGAUGAUCUGGGUACAGAUGCUCUCACCAUAUCAACAAACUAUCAUUACUGUUAGAGUAAUGAUUAUCAGGGUUAUAUUGGUAAUGAGGGUUGUAAUGGUAGUGAGGGUUGUAAUGGUAGUGAGGGUUAUAAUGGUAAUGAGGGUUGUAAUGGUAAUGAGGGUUAUAAUGGUAAUGAGGGUUAUAAUGGUAAUGAGGGUUGUUAUGGUAAUGAGGGUUAUAAUGGUAAUGAGGGUUAUAAUGGUAAUGAGGGUUGUUAUGGUAGUGAGGGUUAUAAUGGUAAUGAGGGUUGUAAUGGUAAUGAGAGUUAUAAUGGUAAUGAGGGUUGUUAUGGUAGUGAGGGUUGUUAUGGUAAUGAGGGUUGUCAUGGUUACAUGUCAACAUAUGUACACUUUCAAUUGUAAUACUUUUCUCUUCUGUCUAUAUAUAUCUAUAUACUCCCUCUACCCAUCUCUUCUAUGUCUAUAUAUAUCUGUAGUCUAUACUCUUCCCUUCCCUCUCUGUCAAUCUCUUCUAUGUCUAUAUAUAUCUGUAGUAUAUACACUUCUCUCCCCUCUAUACUCUUCUCUUCUAUGUCUAUAUAUAUCUAUAUACUCCCUCUCUACCCAUCUAUUCUAUGUCUAUAUAUAUCUAUAGUCUAUACUCUUCUCUGUUUAUAUCAAAUAUAAAAAGUAUGUAAGGGGACAGAAUUCUAUUUUAAUAAAUAAAAUACAGUUUAAUUCCUUGAUGUGCUGCCAUUACUCUUGUUAAUGUUAAUAAUGAGGUUUAGAGCAGGGUUGAGGUCAAUUCCAUUUCAAUUCCAGUCAGUUCUAGAAGUACACUGAAAUCCAUUUCUCUGCCAUGCUUUUCAAUGAGGAACAUUUGGAAUUGAAAUGGAAUUAACCCCAACACUGGCCUACAGUUUGUCAGGUUGUGACUUCCUUAUGACUGUUACCAUGGAGAUACUAUUAUAUGUUCUGAAUGUAUUUCUAUCACUGUUACCAUGGAGAUACUAUUAUAUGUUCUGAAUGUAAUUCUAUCACUGUUACCAUAGAGAUACUAUUAUAUGUUCUGAAUGUAAUUCUAUCACUGUUACCAUAGAGAUACUAUUAUAUGUUCUGAAUGUAAUUCUAUCACUGUUACCAUAGAGAUACUAUUAUAUGUUCUCAAUGUAAUUCUAUCACUGUUACCAUGGAGAUACUAUUAUAUGUUCUGAAUGUAAUUCUAUCACUGUAUGUCUCCAUCUUCUUCCCAUCUGAAGGAAUAAACAUCUAUAAUGAAUGAA